AUGGGAAACAAGGUGGUCACUUUCACGGAUGAGCAACUCGAGGAUUAUCAGGACUGCACCUACUUUACGAGGAAAGAAAUUCUCAGGAUACAGAAGCGGUUCCGAGAGCUGGACAGCCAGCGGGUCCCCAUUGUCAUGACAGGGAACGAGGCGCACACCAUCGUCGUUCCUAUGGAGAAGAUUGAGAAGAUGCCCGAACUGAAGGAAAACCCGUUCAAAGAACGCAUCUGCAAGGUAUUCUCGCACGACGGCAGCGGUAAUAUGACUUUUGAUGACUUCCUGGACAUGCUGUCCGUCUUCAGCGAACCGUCACCACGCGACGUCAAAGUAUUUUAUGCCUUCCGCAUCUACGAUUACGACGAAGACCAGAUGCUGGGUCCCGGAGACAUCGAGAAGGCGACGAUAGCGCUGACGCGCUCCGAGCUGACGCCCGAAGAGGUUCAGAUCGUGGUCGAGAAAGUUCUGGAGGAGGCCGACAUGGACGACGACGGAAAGAUCUCCUUCACCGAAUUCGAACACGUCAUCACACGUGCGCCAGAUUUCAUCAGGUGA